CGGAAGUGACGCGCGACGGCUCGUGCGUGCGUGCGGGCGGCUGCGUCGGGCUGCAGGAGAAGAUGGCGGUCUCCACAGGAGUUAAAGUUCCCCGUAAUUUUCGCUUGUUGGAAGAACUUGAAGAAGGACAAAAAGGAGUAGGCGAUGGUACGGUUAGCUGGGGCCUUGAAGAUGAUGAAGAUAUGACACUUACCAGGUGGACAGGCAUGAUUAUUGGGCCACCAAGGACAAAUUAUGAAAACAGAAUAUAUAGCCUGAAAGUAGAAUGUGGACCUAAAUACCCCGAAGCUCCUCCGUCAGUUAGAUUUGUAACAAAAAUUAAUAUGAAUGGAGUAAAUAAUUCCAGUGGGAUGGUGGAUGCCCGGAGCAUACCAGUGUUAGCAAAAUGGCAAAAUUCAUAUAGCAUUAAAGUUGUACUUCAAGAGCUAAGACGUCUAAUGAUGUCCAAAGAAAAUAUGAAGCUUCCACAGCCUCCAGAAGGACAAACAUACAACAAUUAAUUUUAGUGGAUCUCAAACUUGUCUUAAAUCAACAACCUUCUACUCAUGUUAAUGUCUUGAUUAAAUAUCACAAUGCAAAAUACCCACACAUUAAGUAAAAGAAUUCCAGCUGGUAAACAUGACCUGGACAUUUGUAAGAAUAUAUUUAAUAUAUGUACACCCAUUAUGUUUUCAGGUAACAGGAGGAAAAAUGCAGCACAAUUUUUUUUCUCUUGUAAGGCACUGUCAUUUAAACAUAAACCUGGAGUACUCGAAAUAGAAUUCAGGUUUACAAGAUGAAAGCGUGUGGAGAAGUGUCAGAUGGCAGUGGAAGCAUGUGUGUUUCUAAAAAGUAAAAAUCUCAAGAAAGAAAACAGAAAUGGCAUGCUUUAUCCAUCUUGCUUAGUGAAAGAGCUGCAGUUGAAAUUGUUUAAAUCGUAGCAGGUACAAUGAAUAUUGUCACAAAUGUGUUAAUUUUUGAAGCGGUGUGGGUGCUGACUACUAGUAGUAUCAAAAAUAUGUUCAGGAUUGUUUUGAUACCUGUAUUUAUAAUAAAAAAUGUUGGGGGGAGUUGAUGAAUUUCUGUUAAAAGCUGUUCUUGUGUGUUACAUGUAACAGACAUGGUAAAUAUUUGUUUACAGUUUUUGUUUAACAAACCAUGCAUUUAAGUUUAAGUGAAGUCAACAAAAAGGAAAUAGGUAUAUGGAUAUGUGAUUUUGAGAUUAAAGUUAGUCUUAAAAUGUAAAUAAAAUGUGGAACGUGUCCUCAGA